ACGCGAGUCCAGACAGAGGGUUUAUCGAUCCGUCUCUUUUCUGUGUUGCUUAAGCUUAUUGGAUAUGUUGGAGCCUGUCCCAGAUAUACUGAGACUCUUGGAUCAACUACUAUGAGGUGCAACAGAUCUUUGACUCUCCUCCCCUUCUUCAAACACUUUACCCACCAUUGGUCACCAAACUGUCGACAGACCAAUGCCCUUGUUGUGCCUCACAGACUCCACCUCUUUAGGAACCUCUCCACCCCUCAGCCGCGAAUUAACGAGAACUCUGUCGAAGUUUUAGGCCAUGUCUACCCGCGAGAUGACAUGACCAAUGUGACAGCGAAGAUCUUGUCCAAAGUUGGCUGCCAACUUCACAACCGUCCACACCACCCCUUGUGGCUUAUUAAAGAACGCAUCAAAGACCAUUUCUACCGCUCCUACGUGGGUCGCACAGGAAACCCACGCUUUUCGGUACAUGACAACCUCAGCCCAGUAGUGACGGUGGAGCAAAACUUCGACAGCUUGCUCAUUCCGCCAGACCAUCCCAGUCGAAAAAAAGGAGACAAUUACUACCUGAACCGCACACACAUGCUGCGGGCGCACACCUCCGCCCAUCAGAAAGAGCUGGUGCGCUCGGGGCUUGACUGCUUUCUUUUGGCUGGAGACGUGUAUAGGCGAGAUGAGAUCGACUCCAGUCACUAUCCAGUUUUUCACCAGAUGGAAGGAGUCCGGCUUUUCUCAAACCACGAGCUUUUUGCCAAAGUAAAGAAUGGUGAGGACCUGUCCCUGUUCGAGCGUGGUCACCGUACGCCUCAGAAACAGGAAGCACACACGCUGGAGGCUGUCAAACUUGCAGAGUUCAAUCUGAAACAGACACUCACGCGCCUCGUGCGACACCUUUUCGGUGAAGAUUUAGAAAUCCGCUGGGUUGACUGCUACUUUCCAUUCACACACCCCUCCUUUGAGAUGGAAGUGCGUUUCCAAGGCGACUGGUUGGAGGUGCUGGGCUGUGGGGUGAUGGAGCAAGAACUGGUCAACUCAGCUGGUGCUUCUAAUAAAAUGGGCUGGGCUUUCGGUUUAGGCCUAGAGAGGCUCGCCAUGGUUCUGUUCGGCAUCCCGGAUAUCCGACUAUUCUGGAGCGAGGACGAACGCUUCCUGAAGCAGUUCUGCCUGUCUGACAUCUAUCAACCUGUCACCUUUCAGGCUCUCAGUAAAUAUCCUCCGCUCAUCAAUGACAUCUCUUUCUGGCUGCCGUCAGACGGUUACACCGAAAAUGACUUCUACGACCUGGUACGCAGUUUUGGAGGAGAUCUAGUGGAGAAGGUCACGCUGGUGGACAAGUUCACACAUCCAAAGACAAAGAGAUCGAGCCACUGUUACCGCAUCGUGUACCGUCACAUGGAGAGAACUCUGACCCAAGAGGAAGUGAAGAUUAUUCAUAGUGCCAUUGAACAAGCGGCUGAAAAAGAACUUGGUGUGCAAGGAAGAUACUGAGCUGAUCUUUAAGAAAUCUCCACCAUGAUUUACAGAUAUAGCAUCUUCUCUCUGUUAUCUAAUAAAAUACUUUUUGAAA